AGCUUUUUCUGCUCCUCUUCUCGACUGUAUUAGGGUUUUCUCGUAUUUCUGAUCGCUCUAUAAGCCGUUUCGCUGUCGUUGCUCAUCUCUCUCCCGCCGACUCUCGGUUUUCAUCGUGUAACUGCAUACCGCUACGGCGCACGGCGAGUAAACAGCUGACCCGAAGAGAGCGAAUUGUAAGCAGAGGAAGCUCCAGCAAAAAUGUCGUCGCUGAAGAAUGUUCUUCCUCAAAGAACCCACAAGGAACGAGCUCAACCGGAGUCGAGAAAGAAAUUUGGGCUUCUGGAGAAGCACAAAGACUAUGUUGUUCGUGCAAAGGCGUUCCAGAAGAAGCAAGAGACUUUACAGAGGCUCAGAGAGAAAGCAGCUUUCAGAAAUCCUGAUGAGUUUAACUUUGGCAUGAUCAAAUCCCGAACUGUAGAUGGAGUCCAUCGUUCAGUGGGUGAGGCAAACAAAUACACGCAAGAUGAACUGAUGCUGAUGAAGACGCAAGAUAUCGGAUAUGUGCUUCAGAAACUUCAGAGCGAGAAAAAGAAAGUUGAAAAGCUUACAUCCGUCUUGCACUCAGUCGGAAACCAGCCGUCAACCAGUCACAUCUAUUUUGCUGAAGAUAGAGAGGAGGCUGAAGAGAUAAGGUCAUGCCGUGCCAAAAACAAUGAGGGUAGUUCCACUGCAGAAAAGCCUGUGCCUGAUCAUAUUAAGAGGAGAUUAGCCGGUUCUUACAGAGAGCUAGAAGCCCGGAAGAACAGAGUGACUCAGUUAGAGAAGCUGUACAUGGAGAUGACAUUACAGAAGGAACUGCAGAAAAAGGGACGAAAGCGCAAGUUACGUGAAGAUGAGACUCUGGCGCCUACAUCAGGGCCAGUAUACAAGUGGAGAAAAGAACGGAAGAGGUGAAAAUUCCGGCGUAUCACAAGUUGGUGUCUGUUUGUAUUCAUUUAGCCGCCAGCAGAUCCAGUGAAAGUUCAUUUUCACAACUGGAGUGGCUUUGACACCGAGAUUUGAACUAGGUACUAGAUAGAGAGGCGUUGCAGUUGUCAUCAAUCUCUUCAUGGCUCUCUACCUUAAUUAGUUAAACUCAAAAUACAGAUUGUUCAAGAGUGUAGCUACCUUUAUGCACUUUUCCCCACAUCUUACCAAUAACCUUGGAAAACUUUUAACGUCAGUUCUCUUUCCCGUCAUGUUUGCAAUUUUCCAGGUGGUCUCAUUCUUCAGGUUCACCUGGAGGUCAAGAAUUUUGAG